CACAUGCAUUCAGAGAGAGUGUCAACGUUUCUGUGAGCAAGAGCGGGACAGAAAUACAGGUUUUGUAGAUUUGAAUUUUAAAGGAAAACAAUAGAUAGGGCAGUCAGAGAGAGAGAGGGAGAGGGAGAGAGAGAGACUGAGGGGUGUGUCAUUGCAAUUUAGUUCCUUAAGGAAGUAAAACGCAACAUUAUCUUAAGACAGGGUGGUGAGCACUGACUAAAGCGCUGCAGGAGGGCUGUUUUUAUGGCUUUUGCUACUUUUCUCGGUGGAGAUGAAGGUAUCCUGUUAAAUUAACCUGCCUGUGCUGUCAAAGUGAUACACAGGGCAGAGGGAGAGAGAGACAUCUGACAUAUAUAAGGAGGGAGGGAGACUCAGCAGACACUCAGGCAACCAUGGAGUCGUUCAGCUCCAAGGAUAUGGCCAUGAAGGCACAGAAGAAGAUCCUCAGCAGCAUGGCCAACAAAAGCACUGUCCAAAGAUUUAUAGAUGACACCACUAGUGAAAUAUUGGAUGAACUGUACCGGGUAUCCAAGGAGUACACAGGAAAUAAAUCAGCAGCUCAAAAGGUCAUCAAAAACCUGAUCAAGAUCGCUGUGAAGAUCGGUGUGCUGUAUAGGAACAACUGUUUCAGCGAGGAUGAACUGAAACUUGCCCAGGAAUUUAAGAGAAAGCUCCACACUGGAGCCAUGACGGCCAUCAGCUUCUAUGAGGUUGACUUUACCUUUGAUAAGACGGUGAUGUCGGACAACUUGACAGAGUGCCGGGAUCUUCUGCUGAAGCUGGUCAACACCCACCUCACCCCUAAAUCUCACGACCGCAUCAGCCACGUCUUCAACCAUUACGCCGACCCUCAGCUCCUGACCAAACUGUACGACCCAAGCGGACCCUUCAGAUCCAACCUCACUAAAAUCUGUAAAGGACUCAACAAACUGGUAGAGGAUGGGACGAUAUGAUGUAGGAACUCAACUGCAACACACAGUGGGAGAUAAACAGGAAAACACUCUCAAGACUCUGAACUGUUGGACGAAAUUUGUAUUAUUGCAGAGGAAAGGCAAGUUGAGACACCUGAUCUGAAAAUAAAUCUGGUUCUCCUCAGCUUUCAGAGAACAUAUUUGAUGAGGACAAAGAUUAAAGCAAUUAUAUCUCAAUUUUCUAAUGUACAGAUGGGACACAUCCUGUGUAAGUAAAGUCUAUAAAACACAAAGUUGAACUUCUACAGAUGUAAAACGUAUCAAAGGUCCAAAAAGCUGUUCUCUGUUUUAUAUUUGAGACUGUGUUUCUUCUUUUUUUACUGAGACCAAAUGAUGCUGUGUAGAUUUUGUACAAUGAAGCAGCAGCUGUAACGUUUUAACGAGGACACAAAAAUGCCAUUGUACUACAACACCGCCAUCUAGUGGUUAACAUGUGGUCCUACAGAGGUGGUGUACUGUUUACUGAAAUAUGGAGAUUUCAAUACAAGUGAUAAUAAAAAUUAAAAAAAAUAACCACAUAA